UUCUGACAGAAGCUCCUGCGCAUCCAGUUUGUUUCUCCCUCCUUCUCUGCUUUUUGACGCAUUGGAUUUAAAGGCAAAGGAGAGUUUAAAUCAUCAGAAACUGGACUCAACUUAGAGAUGGUGGAUGCUUUUCUACAUCUGGGUUCUGCUGCAGGAUGUCGAAAUAAUAAUGAUCCUCAGUAAGUCGACCCGUAUUUGCGGGUGAUUUUGGAGCCAGACGCAGAAACCCCCCACCCCCACCCCCCCAGCAGGGACUGGGAGGUUGAGACACCCCUGAGAAUAAACCCCGGACAGCCGGUGACCAAACUGGAAGGCUUCCAGCUGGCUCAAAGAGCAGUGCAGACGGCGGUGGACCUCACUAAACAGAGGACAGAACGAAGGACACUGGGAUAGUCUGUCGAGCUAUAAACCCUGCUGGAUCAUGGGUAAUCACACUGGCAAAGACAGCCACAACUCUACAGGUUCCCCUUUAGAUUUUUUCCAUACGCCUCCUACCACACCCUCGGAGGCAGAGCUGAAUGCCAUGGCCUCUGCAUCUUCCUCUAAUGAGGCUUCACCAGAGACCGCCGGCUGCACCACCCCUUUCACCACCUCUCCAAUCGCAGACUGGACUCACAAAGUGCCUGCUCCCACAGAAUGGGCUGUGAUAAGUGUGGACAGCAUUACUUCCUCAGAGACAAAUGUGAGCGAUGCUGCAGUGGGGCAGACGCCAGCAGCCAGCCUGCCUCCGUCCAGAGGGUCACCGGCUGAGCAGAGCUGGCAGGAGCGGGACAGCGGGCUGGAGCCACAGGCUGCGACGGAGCGAGCCGGAGAGGAGAUGACUCUGGUUUUACUCAGUCUGAUGGAGCACUACCAAAACUCACUCGGCCUAACCCCCAACAGGGACGUCACUACAGGAGCUGUAGAGCUUCUCAGACACUUAAUAACGGAGAGGGAUACACUGGAUGAGGAGGUGCACACCCUGAAGGAGACACUGAGGACAGAGCAGAUGGAGUGGCAUCAGUUCCAGUGUGACCUGCAGGUCGCUGUGUCGGUGGCAGACCGGCUGAGGGUGGAAUCGGAGCAGGCUCUAGACGUACUCCAGGGGAAGCACAGGGCUGUGGAGGACCAGCUGGCCCAGGCCAUCAGCCGGCAGCAGGAAAAGGACAAAGAGCUGGAAAGCCUCCGAGCCGAGUACAGAGAGGUCUGCCGCAAACUGUCUGAACUCACCCUGCAGCAGCAACAGGACCAGGCUGAACUGGAAGCCCUGAGGAGAACAUGCAGAGACAAAGACAUGACAACUGGCGAUAAAGACCCAGAGAGACAGGACUCUCUGACAGCAAACGGGGAGGAAAAACUAGAGGAAGCAGAGGAUGAUGGAGCGAAACAUGCUGAAAAGGAGAAUGAAGAGGCUGAAGAAGGGGCUCCUAAUGCUGAGAGCACAAAUGGAACAGGGAGCUUUCAUUUGACAGGGAAGGGGGUCGCUGAGGGCUACCUGCGCAGUUUAGCUGCUCUGGAGAAAAAGAAAGAAGAUGGACGUGGUCUGAGGGAUCCAAGGAGGAUUGUGAUGCUGUCUGAAAGAUCCUGGAGUCUGUCUCGUCUCCCACUUCCCUCCGACUCUUCCACUCAAAAUGAGACCUCAAAGAACUUGAGCACAACACUGCCGCUAUGCAAGAAAGAAGAGCCAACUAAAGGGAGGAGGAUGGAUCGUGUUUUACAGCGACAGGACAGCUGGUCCAGCUUUUAUACAGGGAAACAAGAAGAGGAUCAAAGCUCAGAUUCUGUCAAAAUGAGCCGUUUAUAUCAACAGAAGGAGCGGGUCGCCUCCACGGAGUUCGCCAUGGUGCGCCGUCAUGUUCCUACAGUAGCUCCAAACGGACUUCCUCGUCGUCUUUUUUCCGUUUUAUGGUGGUGGCAUCCAGUGUUAAGACCUCAGGAUGGUUUCAGCGCUCUGCUGCGGCGCCACGGCGGUUCCAGGAGGAACUCCCUGCUGCGCUGGAGCCAAAGUCGAACUCAAGGCUAUGAGAAUAUUGAGAUCACCAACUUCAGCAGCAGCUGGGAAGACGGUUUGGCCUUUUGUGCUGUUUAUCACACGUAUUUGCCAACUCGAAUCCCCUACGACAGCCUCAGCCCAGAAGACAAGAGGGAUAACCUGGACCUCGCCUUUAAGACAGGAGAGAGUGUAGGAAUCCCUGCUACACUGACAGUGGAGGAGAUGCUGAAGCCAAACGGUCCAGACUGGCAGAGGGUUCUGGCCUAUGUUGAAAGCAUUUUUCGCCAUUUUGAGAUGUGAAGAUGUCUUCCCUUGCCACAUUCUUCGCUCAUUUUUUUUUUUUUUUUUUUAAAUAAAUGUGACUCAAGCUGAAGGGCUGAAACAGGAGCAGCACUAAGAAUGAACUCUGGAGCUAAGAUUUAAAAUGUCAGCAAUAUUAGACUCAAACUUUUACGUAUCAGCACUCUCUCUCGCACACAAAUGAGAUAUUAAUAUUUGGACGAUGCACAGAUGGAGGAAGGGAAACGGCAUCUUCCCUGGAGUAAGUUUUAUUUUUCUACAAACACAGCAGUAACACUGGAUCCAAAAAGCUGCCGGGUGUUUAUGCACAAAACAAAAACAGAUUUAAAAUCAAUGGGAAAUGCAAGACUGUGGGACUAAACCACCCAGAAAAUAUCCACCUGAUUGAAGGUCAUGUUCAGUUUGUCACAUCUGGGGUUUGGGAACACUGAUGUUGCACUGUUUAUUUUUUGUUUUUUAAUGAAUGAGCACUUUAUCAUUACUGUAAAUUUGUAUUUUUGAGUAUUUCAGAAUCCAGGCACUUUAAUUUAUCUUGGUCAAAAUAAUUUUUUUAUGUCAAUAUUAUAUCUGUAAGUACCCAAAAA